CCCAGCGUCAAUGGGUCCUGACUAGACGUGCUAGGAGCCGAGGCUCCCCGCUUCGACCUAAAGGCUCGGUCUUCCCACCGCCUCCUUCGCGGGCGCCAUCACAAGCCUCCGAGAGCGAAACGAACGCGCCGCACACUUACGCCAAGCCAGGCAGAGGUAUGAUAGAAGCCUAUUGAGAGACAAUGUCUAUUCCAUUCUCCAACACCACUCAGCGCAUUCCUCCAGGAUUUGCAAAUCUGCUUGAAGGGCUUGCCCGGGAAGUCUUGAGGAACCAGCCUGAAGAUAUACCAACCUUUGCAGCCAAAUAUUUUGAAACUCUUCUCAUCGAAAGAGAAAAAACUGGGUAUGAUCCAGCUGAGUGGGGAGCAAAGCUAGAUGACCGAUACUACAAUAACCGUGCUUUCAAUGAACUUGCACCACCAGGAGGUGGUGAUAAAACUGAGAAGGAAGAACCUGCUGCACAGUCAGAGGAGGAGACCAAGCAACCACCAACUGAGGGAACAGGUAUUAGCUUAACAGAAGAACAAGCUGCCACGAAAAUUCAGGCUACUUACAGGGGAUACAGAACAAGGAAAGAAGGGAAAAGCGCACAAGAAGAACCAGAAGAUGGGAAGGAAGAUGGAGAUGGAGCUGGGAAGAUGGAAGCGCCAACUGAGCCUGAUGCAAAAGAACCGCAGUAAAUGAACACAGCAGUCCUGCUUGUUGUCCAGUUUUAGAACUGGAUGCAGGCAAAGUUCCAUUGGUCUGCUUUAGAAGCAUGUACCAAGUUUAUUAAAUAAACCAUACACUUUAAA